CUCCGCUUCAUCAUCAUCAUCAUCAUCAUCCUCCUCCUCCUGCUGGACCACCGAGCUGCUGCCGAACGCACCAAAUCCGGGACUACACUCCGAUUGCGCGCAUUCAGGAGGAUUUUUUUUUUUUUUAUAGGUUUAAGAAUCCAUCGAGUCUGCACAACUUCUAGCCCAGGAAGGACCCCCGCCGGACCCACAAAGAAGCGAUGGCGUUCAUGGUGAAACACGUGGUGGGGGGCCAGCUGAAGAACCUGACGGGCGGGCUGACGGAGGAGAAGCCCGAGGCGGAGAAGACGGACGCGGCGGCGCAGGGGAUGACCCAGGAGGAGUUCGAACAGUACCAGCAGCAGCUGGAGGAGGAGAAGCAAGAACGAGAGGCCAGCUUCGCCCAGAAGAAAGCGGAGAGAGCCACAGUGAGGAGUCAUUUUCGGGAUAAGUACAGACUACCAAAGAACGAACUGGACGAGACACAGAUCCAGCAGGCGGGCGACGACGUGGUGCUGCCCACCGAGCUGGCCAAGAUGAUCGCCGAGGACGGCCAGGAGGAGGCACACAAGCAGUCGGUGCUGGGACAGCUGUCCAACCUGCAGAACGUGGACAUGGACCAGCUGAAGGACAAGGCCCAGGCCACGCUGGAAGACCUGAAAAAGCAGACGGAGAACUGCAGCCUCAUGUGAUGUCGUGACGAUGAGUGACGGCAUCCGGAGGGGCGGAGCUUCUGGAAGGGAAGGAGGAAGUAGCACGUUUGGCUCAUUUACAGUAGGGAAGGGAUUCAUACCGCCCCAUUCCUGGGUUGAUCGUUUUGCAAUGCAGUCUGCUGAAAAUGACGGAAAGGGCCACGCUACAUAGCAACUGUGGUCAAAGUUGGAAUUACCACAAAGCCCAUUUUUAAAUAUUAUACACUCUACGGCAGGGGUGUCCAAACUUUUUCCACUCAGGGCCGCACACUGAAAAAUCAAAGCAAGCGGGGGCCAUUUUCAUAUUUUUUAUUUUAAAAACCAAUACAAUAUAUGUAUAAAAAAAUAUACAUUUAAGCAUCCACUAAGUUAUGAUCCCGGGGACUCCAAAGGGUUUUGGUAAAAAAAUGUUAAAAUGUGUCAUUAUUCAGUAUUAUUCUUUUCAUUAUUAUUCAAGUUUUAAAUCUCUCGAUCAACUUUCGGAAAAAAAAUGGAAAAAACAUAAAAUAUGCAAUAUUUUCACCCAAUAACUUUUUUAGGUGGAAUAUUUGGGAUUAUAUAAUUAUUUGAGCCUUAAUUUUGGAUUUUGAUUCAUUGUUGUUUUUUUUAACAAUGACACUUAAAAACAAAUCACACUAAAAUAUUUGGGGAUCUAAAAGUGUCCUACUCAUUAAAGUGUUAAAAAAUAAAUUAUACUUUUUUUUUUUUUAUUGUUUACUUUUACCACAAUAAUCUCGAGAUCAACUUCAGAUAUAUCCAUCAAUUUUAGGUUUUAUUGUUGGUUAUGUUUUGUUUGUUUGUUUUAGGCCCUUCUUUAAAAUAAACAGCUCAGUUUUUUUAUAUGGCAAAACACAAAAUAUGCAACAUUUUCCCAGAAAAAUAUCUCAAAGUGGAAUAUUUAAGGUGACGUAAUUGAAGCUUUGAAUAAGUCAAUACUUCAAAAUGACAUUGAUUUUGAUUCAUUAUUAUUUUUUUAAAGAAAGAAACAGCCUGCAUGGCAGCUUUGUGUUAUUAAAGCAUUGCAACAUUUUCUCGUUACAGUUCACCUGUUUGCUCUUUUAUAUCACUUUUUAUGUUUUUUCAAUUGUAUUUUUAAAAUGUACCUCGGGGCCGUUAAAAAUGACCUGCGGGCCGCAAAUGGCCCCCGGGCCGCACUUUGGACACCCCUGCUCUACGGCCUAAAGGAAUAGUGCACACCCUAAAAUUCUUCACGUUUCACGUGUCAGGUAAACCGUGACGAACAGGGCCAUAUGAAUCCCCUUCCUAAUGUACUUUCCUGAGUUAUUUUGGCCAAGUUAUCACAAAACAGUUUUAUGUUUCCAACAAAACAACUAGUCCGUGACAAUUUGGGUGUUUUGUAUUUACUACAGCGCCGAAAAAUACGGAAGAAAUAAUUUGACAAUGACGACAUUUUUUGUUUUGUUUUACAACCGCAAAGGAGACAUUUUGCGUUUCGUGUUUACAUACAAUGUUUUCAAUCAAGUUACAAUCCGACACAAACAGUUUUUUUUGUGCCAUGACACAAUCUACUAAAAACAUUUUUUUUGUUUUGUAUUUUUUUAACAAGUGGCACUAAAACAGACGUACAAAAAACGUUGUAAUGCCCAUAGCUGGCCACUAGUAGCCGAUGACACACUUCAUAUGUACGAACAAACUACUUUACCUCGCAGAUCUUAUCGAAAACUUUCGCCUUUGUCGACGUUUAGAGUUUGACGUGCAUUGGGUAAAUGCCCGCUAGAGUACUUAAACGGUACAAGAACAAAUUCCGACUUUUUUUUUUGGCACGCUAAUGAGUAUCUUUGGUUUAUCCGGCCGCGCUUUACACGGUAAUAUUGACAGGGAUGUCGUUACCAUGAAAACAAACCACAACGAGACUAUAUUUUCUGCUUAGAUCGAGAGAAAAAAAAAACUUUAACAUUUUCGGAAAAUGGCCGAAAUGAUAGCUAACUAACAUUAGCGGCGAGCUUGUUUGUGGUAGAGUAGCUAACAUGUGAAUUUAUUAAUAAUACAUUUUAAUUAUCGUGCAUUUUACAUUUCAACAACAUCUCAAAAUGCUGAAGUAAAUCAUUUGGGUAGCAAUAAUAACAAAUAAAAGACAAUAAAACCAGACUUUUUCUUGUUGCGUUGAAAGUAAUGGUCACUGUCCAUCAAAUAAGUCCCGCCUCUCUGAUAAGACAUCAGUGGCUGCUUUUAACAAACGCUUACCGUUUCUUUUUAUCGUUUACUCAAACCUUUUUUUUUUUUUUAAUAAUAACAGGCCUCUUUUUGGACUUUACUGUGUGCAAUAAAUAUUCUGCACAUUAAGAGCAUCUUGCAGCAUUACACUAUCUUUGCAAGCAGGAAGUGUGCUCUUUGUGUGCAGUUUGUGUUCGUGCUCCCAAACUGGGACAGCUGUCUUAAUGAAAUAUUGUAAACGCUCUGAUUAUUAUCAUUUAUUGUUAUUAUUAUCAUUAUUAUCAUCACACUACAAACACAAGGAGGGCGAAAAGUCAACCAAGGCUGUAACUGCGUCAAGGAACAAACUUCCCUCUCCGCAUUAAUAGCGCAUGCAGAGGAAGAUAAUGCCAAUAAUGCCAUAUUGUGGAGUUCUUCAAUAAUCAGGAGGCCGCCUACAGCCGCAGCCCUUAAUGCUUUUUGCUUUAGUAGACUAUUUUCAUGACCUAGAUCAGUGGUUCUCAAACUUUUUUCCACCUCAGAAAACACUCGGCUCUCCAAGUACCACCAUAAUGACCAGCAUCGGAAUCCAGUAGCGUGGUAGGCCUACAUAUUCAUUAAAAACAAUGCAGAGGUUUUAUUUAAAGGCCUACUGAAACCCACUACUACCGACCACGCGGUCUGAUAGUUUAUAUAUCAAUGAUGAAAUAUUAACAUUGCAACACAUGCCAAUACGGUCUUUUUCGUUUACUAAAUUGCAAUUUUAAAUUUCCCGCGAAGUGUCCGGUUGAAAACGUCGUGGUAUGAUGACGCGUGCGUUUGACGUCUCGGGUUGUAGCGGACAUUAUUUUCCAGCCCGAUCCAAGCUAUAAGUAAUCUGCUUUAAUCGCAUAAUUACACAGUAUUCUGGACAUCUGUGUUGCUGAAUCUUUUGCAAUUUGUUCAGUUAAUAAUGGAGACGUCAAAGUAGAAAGAUGGCAGUGUUUCCUUGUUUAAAAUUCCCGAAGGUGAAGCUUUACUAUGGAACAGAGCGGUCAAGCGAACAUGGAUCCCGACCACAUGUCAACCGGCAGGUUUCGGUGAGAAAAUUGUGAUAAUAAGUUGGCUCUUACCGUGGUUAUGAGCGGAGGCUGCGUCCUGCUGACUAUUACCUCCUCCUACGGAGACACUGGCGGUCACUACACCCGUGGCCACACCCCUCCGACUUUCAGGUACUAUAUAAUCUCACUAAAACACUAGCAACACAAUAGGCAGAAAAGAGAUUUUCCAUAAUUAUCCUAGUAAAUGUGUCUGAUAACAUCUGAAUCGCUCCCGCUGCAAUUGAAUUCAUUUUAAUUUAUUUUUUUUUUACUUUUUUUUCUAGUCAUUCACUCUCAAUAUCCUCAUCCACGAAUCUUUCAUCUUUGCUGAAAUGAAUGGGGAAAUUGUCGCUUUUCGGUCCGAAUCGCUUUAGCUGCUGGUGGCUACGAUUGUAAACAAUGUGAGGAUGUGAGGAGCUCUACAACCCGUGACGUCACGCGCACAUCGUCUGCUACUUACGGUAAAGGCAAGGCUUUUUUAUUAGCGAGCAAAAGUUGCAAACUUUAUCGUGGAUGUUCUCUACUAAAUCCUUUCAGCAAAAAUAUGGCAAUAUCGCGAAAUGAUCAAGUAUGACACAUAGAAUGGACCUGCUAUCUCCGUUUAAAUAAGAACAUCUCAUUUCAGUAGGCCUUUAACACGUAUAUUUAUUAUUUUUCGGCCACUGUAACAUUACACACAGUUUGAACAGCAAAACUGUGAUUGGAUGUAGGAAAAUAAAACACUGUACUUCCAUCAAGUAAUUCUUUGGCGUAUCUCUAGAUAAGAGGUCGCCAACCCAAAAUGUUGAAAGAGCCAUAUUGGACCAAAAAUAAAAUAAUAAUAAUAAUUAAAAGCUUUAUAUACGUCUUAUAAUGCAGGCUACACAUUAUGUAAGUGUCUAUAUUAGCUAUUAACUAUCAAAAUGACUAUGUUUCGUAGGCUGAUGCAAAUCUCUGUUGAUAGAAAUGUUGAAAUGUAAUAUUUAUUCUACACAUUUUUGUAAAAUUGCAAAACAUUAGUAAAACACAUACGGCUAACCGAAGUAGCGUGUUAGCAUCGAUUAGCUUGCAGUCAUGCACUGACCAAACGUGCCUGAUUAGCACUCCACACAGGUCAAUAACAUCAACAUAGCUCACCUUUGUGCAUUCAUGCACAGCACGAAACGUUUUGUUGGUCAAAAUGAGACAAAAACAAAAGAGUGGAAUAAAACACGUCUUUCUGUGGCAGCUAGAUGUAAACAAACAACGGUGCGUUUAAGGACCGCCGAAAUUAGUAGGACAAAACAGCUCGCCGAAGCCUCUCAUCAGUGAAGCGUGUUUAAUGUAAACCAGGGGUCACCAACCUUUCUCGUCGAAAAAACAGAAGCUAAAAUGAAAAAAAUAAAUUAAAAUGUAUUUAUAAUUCUUUACAAUAAAAAAAAUAAAUUUACUUGAACAUUGAUUUAAAUUGUCAGGAGAGAAGAGGAAGGAAUUUAAAAUGUAAAAAGGUAAAAGAGUUUAAAAAUCCUAAAAUCAUUUUCAAGGUUGUAUUUUUCCUCUAAAAUUUUCUUUCUGAAAGUUAUAAGAAGCAUAGUAAAAAAAUAUGUUUUUUAAUUAUUUAAACAAGUGAAGACCAAGUCUUCAAAAUAUGUUCCUGGAUUUUCAAAUUAUACUUGAGUUUUGUCUCUCUUGGAAUUAAAAAUGUCGAGCAAAGCGAGACCAGCUUGCUAGUACAUAAAUAAAAUUUGAAAAAUUGAGGCAGCUCACUGGUAAGUGCUGCUGUGACGGACUCACGUUGUCGUCUUGCGGGUUCCAUGGACCACCAAGGAAGGACAUGACUUCGAGCAGGUUUGACUUGCUUUAUUUUCCCACACAAGCUUGUCUGCGGUCGGGUAGCUUUUCCGCUGUGUCGCCCGUCUCCCUCUGCUACUCGCUCCGCCGUCUGCUUUUCAGCAGCACGUCCUUCAGUCCGCCUCUUCUUGUCUCCAU